AUGUCUUCAAAUGACAUUAUCCCUGGGGAGGCGACUGCCGCUUCGUUUCGGCCAGCAUUGAUCGUAGUUGAUAUGCAAGAGGACUUUUGUCCGCCUAAUGGCUCUCUAGCCAUCCAGGGCGCCCGCGCCCUCGCCCCGAUAAUCAACUCCCUCCUCUACCUCCCCGGCUUCGUUCUCAAAAUCUCCACGCAAGACUUCCAUCCAACAAAUCAUAUCUCCUUCGCCGUCAAUCACCCUGCCCCCAACAACAUCCCUUUCCAAUCCAUCAUUGCCGUUCACAACCCCGUCAGACCCGCCACCAUCAAUCACACCACGACCUCCUACAAGGACAAGGAUAAGCACACAACAACAGAAACAGAAACCCGACUCCAACGCCUGUGGCCCGUCCACUGCGUCGCCAACACGCCAGGCGCAUGCAUCAUCCCCGAAAUCCAAACGGACAAAAUCAGCGUGAAUAUUCGCAAGGGCAUGGACGCGCGCGCGGACAUGAAAUCCGCCUUUGUAGACACGUUCGGGAACAACUGCGUCGAGAGCGGAGGCGUGAACCUAGAUCUUGAUGCGGUGCUAAAAGAACACCGGGUUUCCGACCUUUACGUUGUUGGGGUUGCGGGGGAUUAUUGUGUCAAGAGCACUUCCAUUGAUGCGGAGGCGAGGGGGUUUAGGACCAUGGUUGUGGAGGAAGGGACGAAGUGUGUGGAUCCGGGCGACGGGUGGGAGGAGGCUAAGAGGGAAAUGCUGGCGCAUGGGGUGAGGAUUGUGAGUAUCGAUGGGCCGGAAGUUAGGCGGGUAAGGGACUUGGGGAAUGGGGGAUGCCAUUUGUGA